CGGCCCGGGCCCCUCGGGAGCAGAACAGCCUUGGUGAGGUGGACAGGAGGGGACCUCGCGAGCAGACACACGCGCCAGCGACAGAAGCCCCGCCCCGGCCUCUCGGGAGCCGGGGGGCAGAGGCUGCGGAGCCCCAGGAGGAUCUGCCCUGGGAGAAUCGUAAUAAUGCAGGAACAGUCUGCAGGGAUUCUCUGCUGCUGCCUCAGUUGCUAGGGGAAGAGACUGGGCCUUAGCAGGCCGGAGCACUCGUGACUUCAGUGACCUGCUUCUGCCCCUCUAGGUCUAUCAGCCACAGUCUCUGCAUGUUUCCAAGAGCAGCAGAAAAUGAACACAUUGCAGGGGCCAGUGUCAUUCAAAGAUGUGGCUGUGGAUUUCACCCAGGAGGAGUGGCAGCAACUGGACCCUGAUGAGAAGAUAGCAUACGGGGAUGUGAUGUUGGAGAACUACAGCCAUCUAGUUUCUGUGGGGUAUGAUUAUCACCAAGCCAAACAUCAUCAUGGAGUGGAGGUGAAGGAAGUGGAGCAGGGAGAGGAGCCGUGGAUAAUGGAAGGUGAAUUUCCAUGUCAACAUAGUCCAGAACCUGCUAAGGCCAUCAAACCUAUUGAUCGGAAGUCAGUCCAUCAGAUUUGCUCUGGGCCAGUGGUACUGAGUCUAAGCACUGCAGUGAAGGAGUUAGUAGAAAACAGUCUGGAUGCUGGUGCCACUAAUAUUGAUCUAAAGCUUAAGGACUAUGGAGUGGAUCUCAUUGUAGUUUCAGACAAUGGAUGUGGGGUAGAAGAAGAAAACUUUGAAGGCUUGACUCUGAAACAUCACACAUGUAAGAUUCAAGAGUUUGCCGACCUAACUGAGGUUGAAACUUUUGGCUUUCGGGGGGAAGCUCUGAGCUCACUGUGUGCACUGAGCGAUGUCACCAUUUCUACCUGCCUUGCAUCGGUGAAGGUUGGGACUCGACUGGUGUUUGAUCACGAUGGGAAAAUCAUCCAGAAAACCCCCUACCCCCACCCCAGAGGGACCACAGUCAGCGUGAAGCAGUUAUUUUCUACACUACCUGUGCGCCAUAAGGAAUUUCAAAGGAAUAUUAAGAAGGGGCCAGUGUCAUUCAAAGAUGUGGCUGUGGAUUUCACCCAGGAGGAGUGGCGGCAACUGGACCCUGAUGAGAAGAUAACAUACGGGGGUGUGAUGUUGGAGAACUACAGCCAUCUAGUUUCCUUGGCUUAUGAGGUGGCAACAUCUUGUACUUUGGAGAUUCUGAAGCCGAGCAACUUGCCCAAGUCCUUCUUCUUUUCCCAUUAACAAGAUAUGAUAUCACCAAGCCAAACGUCAUCAUUAAGUUGGAGCAGGGAGAGGAGCUGUGGAUAACGGGAGGUGAAUUUCCAUGUCAACAUAGUCCAGCAUUUAUUUGAAAGACAAACCUCUUGGAUGUGACUCUGGAGACAACACCAGCAGCUCGAGACCAUUCAAUCCAAGGUAUAAAAUGGAGGAAAAUCAGCUCCAUCAUGGUCUGAAUUGAGGAUGAGGCAGAAGAGCAGAGAAUAGCUGAUGCCCAGGUGGCAGCAACUUCACUCUUUCCCUGUGGAGUUGCAGGGUCUCCCCACCUCCACUGCGUCGGGACAUGCCGUGUGCCAUCUCUUCAUCCAUAGCUGCCUCCGGCAUCAGCAGAGAAAGUCAUGGGCAGAUGGAGCUUUGGAUUAGUUCUUUUUUCCAGUCUUCCUUUACUUUAUCUGGAUAAGAUUGGGCAGAUUGAAUUUGAUCUUCUAUACUGGGGCCAGGGAGCAGGGUGGAUCUAGACCAUGCAGCUUUUCCCUACUGUCACCAGAUUGGGAGCAGGGAUUGGCUGCCAUUGUCCUCUCCAGCCUCUGUGUUCCUGGGACACCGCUGACUAGAGGCUGCUCCUCUUCUAAGGGGGUCUGGCACAGAGCGCCACCCAGAGCACAUGGCACCUUCUCUCUCCUCCUGCACCAGUCUCCUUGACCUCUGUAUUGCCAUCAUAUUGAAGCAAACCAUCCAACUCACCAGCCUCUCUCUGGAAUCCAGUCUCAUUGAUUCCUCUCCCUGAGACUCUUCCUCAGUCUCCUUUUAGCCCCUCACAUCCUCAGCCGAAGAUCUCACUUCGUCCCAGAGGCCUUUGCUGACUGACCCCUCAGGUAGGCUAAAUCCCCAUCCUGCGCUUCCAUGACAGCCUGUGGCAGAUGCUAUUUUCUGCAGGUGGCCACAGCCCUAUCUCCCAUCCCACACACUCCUCUCAUAACAUGACCUUGUCACUUCUUCCAUCGCGUGGUCGGGGGUAUGUCUCUUUUCCUUGAGCCUAUGCACAUCUUUGUGAUUGCCCUGACCAAUAAAUAAAGUAGGACAGAAGCGACGCUAUGAGAUAGCCAGGCUGCACUGUAAAAAUGUCAUGCCUUUCUGCUGUGUUGUCAUGGAAUGCUUGCCCUUAGAAGUAAGCUGCCGGACUGUGAUGAAGCCCAAACCAGCCCAAAUGGGGAGACUGCGAGGGGCCACAUGGACAGGUUCCAGCCCACAGGUCAAUUGAAGUCCUGGCUGACAGCCAGUAUCAGCUCCUGGUUUUGUGAAUGAAGAUGCCUCUAAAUGAUUCCAGCCCCCUCCCACUGAUCACACUUAAGACUCCAUGUCUUCCCAGCUGAGGCCCCACAUGUCGUGUGGACCAGAGACAAGCCAGGCCUGUUGGAAUCACAGAAUCCCUGAUGAUAAUGAUUGUUUUUUGCCACUAUGUUUUAGAUUGGUUUCUUAUGCAAUUAGUAACUGAAACAGACUUUACUUCUUUAUACUCAUUAAGGAAUGAGACUGUGUCUUUUUUUUUUUUUUUUUUUUUUGAGUCCGAGUUUUUUGCUCUUGUUGCCCAGGCUGGAGUGCGAUGGCAUGAUCUCGGCUCACCACAACCUCUGCCUCCCGGGUUCAAGCGAUUCUCCUGCCUCAGCCUCCCAAGUAGCUGAGAUUACAGGCAUGCGCCACUAUGCCCAGCUAAUUUUGUAUUUUUAGCAGAGUUGGGGUUUCUCCAUGUUGGUUAGGCUGGUCUCAAACUCCGGACCUCAGGUGAUCCGCCUGCCUCAGCCUCCCAAAGUGCUGAGAUUAUAGGCGUGAGCCACCACGCCUGGCCUGUAUCUUUUUUUUUUUUUUUUUAACUUUUUGUAGAGAUAGGGUCUCUCUGUAUUGCUGAGGAUGGUCUUGAACUUCUGGCCUCAAGCGAUCCUCCUACCUCAGCCUCCCAAAGUGCUGGGAGCACAGGUGUGAGCCACCAUGCCUGGCCUGACACUGUCUCCAGUGUUUAUUGGUGUUUCCUGUGUUGCACAAAGCAGGUGGUGGUGCACCGUCAAUAGUGAGUUUGUGAGUAGAAGGUGUGGGUGUCACACAGUUGGUGUCUGUGCGCCUGGAAGCACACACCUGUUUCUGCUUCCAGAGUUGUCUCUGGCCUGCAGUUCUGUGCUUCCUAGCUUGAUCCGUUCCUCUCCAGGAAUCUCCUCUGCCUCCCCACCCUGACCCACCUGUUGGUGAGAGAUGCAACUGACUGUUUCUGCCACACUUUUUACUGACAGGUGGUACCUGUAUUAUUCCCUCCACCUCUUCAGGGAAGAGGGUGAAGAGAUGAGAGGCUAGGGGUUCCAAACACAAACUUGACCCAUUUUACCAUUUUGUUAGCAACAGUCUUGAGAGAAUCAAUACAAACUUUAGGUAGCUUGGUACUUUGCCCUUCAGGACAGUUCUUCCCUGGUAAUGUUAGAUUGUUGGGGUUAACCAUUACUGUGCCAUUACAGAUGAGCUUCGGCUGCCCUCUAGUGGCAGCAGCAACCUGGAUCUCGAACAAAGAUCAUUCUAGCAUUGGGACCAGCUUUGUGUCAUGAAUACGUCAUCAGUGCCUACCAUAUUACCUGACAUCUAUUCGGAGCUAAUAACUAACUAAUAUUGAUUAACAAACUAGCCAACAUGCACUGUUUUUUUGUUUGUUUUUGAGAUGAGUCUCACUCGCCUAGGCAAGUGGCACGAUCUCGGCUCCUCCUCUGCCUCCCACCUCCCAGGUUCAAGUGAUUCUUCUGCCUCAUCCUCCCUAGUAGCUGGGAUUACAGGUGUGCACCACUACACCCAGCUAAAUUUUUUGUAUUUUUAGUAGAGAUGGGAUUUCCCCAUUUUGGCCAGGCUGGUCUUGAACUCCUGACCUCAGGUGAUCCGCCUGCCUUGGCCUCCCAAAGCACUGGGAUUACAGGUGUGAGCCACUGCACCCAGCCUUUUUGUUUUUUGAGGCGGAGUCUCACUCUGUCACCCAGGCUGGAGUGCAGCAGCGCGAUCUCGGCCUACUACAACCUCUGCCUCCUGGGUUCAAGAGAUUCUCCUGCCUCAGCCUCCCAAGUAGCUGAGAUUAUAGGUGCCCACCACCAUGCCAGGCUAAUUUUUAUAUUUUUAGUAGAGUAAUUCAGUAAUUUUUGUAUUUUUAGUCUUGAACUCCUGAGCUCAGGUGAUCCACCUGCCUUGGCCUCCCAAAGUGCUGUGAUUACAGACGUGAGCCAUCGUGCCUGGCGCUUUGCCCACUUUUUGAUGGGGUUAAUUGGUUUUUUCUGGUAAAUUUGUUUAAGUUCCUUGUAGUUUCUGGAUCUACAAGAAUAUACAAGAUUCUGGAUCUGACCUUUGUCAGAUGGGUAGAUUGCAAAAAUUUUCUCUCGUUCUGUAGGCUGCCUAUUCACUUCGAUGCUAGUUUCUUUUGCUAUGCAGAAGCUCUUUAGUUUAAUUAGAUCCCAUUUGUCAAUUUUGGCUUUUGUUGUAAUUGCUUUUGGUGUUCUAGUCAUGAAGACUUUGCCCAUGCCUAUGUCCUGAAUGGUAUUGUGUAGGUUUUUUUCUAGGAUUUUUAUGGUUUUGGAUUUUACAUUUAAGUCUUUAAUCCAUCUUGAGCUAAUUUUUUAUAAGGUGUUAAGGAAGGGGUCCAGUUUCAGUUUUCUGUAUAUGGCUAGCCAGUCUUCCCAGCACCAUUAAAUAGAGAAUCCUUUCCCCAUUGCUUGUUUUUGUCAGGUUUGUCGAAGAUCAGAUGGUUGUAGAUGUGUGGUGUUAUUUCUGAGGUCUCUGUUCUGUUCCAUUGCUAUAUAUCUGUUUUGGUACCAGUACCAUGCUGUUUUGGUUACAGUAGCCUUGUAGUGUAGUUUGAAGUCAGGUAGCGUUAUGCCUCCACCUUUGUUCUUUUUGCUUAGUAUCGUCUUGGCUAUAUGGGCUCGUUUUUGGUUUCAUAUGAAAUUUAAGGUAGUUUUUUCUAAUUCUGUGAAGACAGUCAGUAGCUUGUUGGGAAUAGCAUUGAAUCUGUAAAUUACUUUGGGUAGUAUAGCCAUUUUCACAAUAUUGAUUCUUCCUAUCCAUGAGCAUGGAAUGUGUUUCCAUUUGUUUGUGUACUCUCUUAUUUCCUUGAGCAGUGGUUUGUAGUUCUCCUUGAAGAGGUCCUUCACGAUUUAUAGAGUUUUUAAAAAGUCUUUGUCUGCUAAGUCCAAUAUCUGGGCUUCCUAAGGGCUGAUUUCCAUCAAUUUAUUUUGUUACUUUGAAUACGUUCCCUUGUCUUUGCAUGAUUUGUGAUUGUCAUUGAAACACGGACAUUUGAAUAUUGCAAGGUAGUAACUCUGGCAUUUAGAUGAUUCUUCUCAUUUAUUUGCUAUGUAUUUGUGAGUGUGUCUGUUUUUAAUCAUUGAAGGCUGUAGUAGUACAUACGUUUAGUGACUUCCAAACUAUUUUUGCAAAGAUUUAUCAUUUUCAUGUGUGGUCACUGAAGUCUCUGAUUCUUUUAGCAUGUGUUCCGCUCACAUUUUGAUAAGAGAUUUCCUUGAAUACUAGGAGCUAAAAAUGGAAGAAAGUACCUCUCCCAGUCUUUGAAGUUUGCCUUUGCACCACAGCUUUUCUUCAGCACUUAGCUAGUCCUGCACUGACCCUCGUGAUCAGGCCAAGGUGAAAACUUAGGUCUUUGUCAGGUAUUUCUGAGCAAGCAUCCUGCCCUGGGCAAAGCCCGUGUAACACCUGAGUGCUUGUGACUGCCCUGCUUUCCCAGAGGAAUUCUCCCCAGCUUUCCUGCUUUCUCAGAGGAAUUCUCCCCAGCUUUCCUUCUCGGAUUUAGGAAGUCUCUAUUAGUUUGCUCGGGCUACCAUAGCAAAAUGCCACAGACCAUGGCUUCAACAGCUGGAAGUUAUUUUCUCACAGUUCUAGAGGCCAGAAGUCAAAGAUCAAGGUGCCAGCAGGGCUUACUUCUUCAGAGUGUUCUCUCAUUGGCUUGCAGAUAGCUGCCUUCUUGCUGUGUCUUCAUGUGACCUUUUCUCUGCACGUCUCUGGCAUUUCUGCUUGUUUCUUUUGUGUUUUUUUGAGAUGGAGUCAUGCUCUGUCUCCAGGCUAGAGUGCAGUGGCACGAUCUCGGCUCACUCAACCUCCACCUCCCGGGUUCAAGCGAUUCUCCUGCCUCAGCCUCCCUAAUAGCUGGGAUUACAGGCACCUGUCACCACGCCUGGCUAAUUUUUGUAUUUUUAGUAGAGACGGGCCCGGCCAUGUUGGCCAGGCUGGUCUCGAACUCCUAACUUCAGGCGAUCUGCCUGCCUCAGCCUCCCAAAGUGCUGGGAUUAUAGGCAUGAGCCACCGUGCCUGGCCAUCCCUGGCAUUUCUUCCUGUUCUUUAAGGACACCAGAGAAUGGAACUCAGCUCUUUCCCCUACUGUUGCCGGGCAUGGUAGCUCACACCUGUAAUCCCAGCACUUUGGGAGACUGCGGGUGGGUGGAUCACGAGGUCAGGAGAUCGAGACCAUCCUGGCUAACACGGUGAAACCCUGUCUCUAUUAAAAAAUACAAAAAAAUUAGCCGGGCGUGGCAGCGGGCGCCUAUAGUCUCAGCUACUCGGGAGGCUGAGGCAGGAGAAUGGCAUGAACCCGGGAGGUGGAGCUUGCAGUGAGCCGAGAUUGUGCCACUGCACUCCAGCCUGGGUGACAGAGUGAGACUCAGUCUCAAAAAAAAAAAAAAAAAGAGAGAGAGAACAGUGGAGUGUUGUGAGUCUCAACUGUCAUGUUUUGCCCCAGUCCUGUGUAGAUUGUUUGCCUUGCAAUGUUUUUGAGCAAUGCUCACCCCUUUUCCAGCCUCAGUGAGUUUCCAGCAAAUAGACAGGCGUCUACAUCAUUCCCUCAGUAGCCCUCAGACGUGCGAUAGCAGAUUUACCAGUAAUUUGAAGGUAAGGUCCGCCCCGUCCCUGUGGAAUGCCAAGAGGCCCCACUGCGAAUGCAGCCUUCUGUCUUCAAGACUCCCGUAGAAGCCAGGUGCGGUGGCUCACGCCUGCAGUCCCAGCUGCUUGGAAGGCUGAGGUGAGAGAAUCACUUGAGCCCAGGAGUUCAAGGGUAGAGUGAGCCACGAUCACGCCACUGCAUUCCAGCCUGGGCAACAGAGCAAGAUCCUGUCUCUUAAAAAACAUUGCCACAAAGGUUUUCUACCUUUCCUUUUUAAGUUGCCUUUUUCUUGAUUCAGCAUUCAUUUGGUUGUUGUAAGGCUUUGGCUGUUUUUCAGAGUUGUUUCUAAUAAUUAUUUGGGUUUUUUUUUGAGACAGAGUUUCACUCUUGUUGCCCAGGCUGGAGUGCAGUGGCGCCAUCUCGGCUCACUGCAACCUCCGCCUCCCCGUUCAAGCGAUUCUCCUGCCUCACCCUCCCGAGUAGCUGGGAUUACAGGCAUGUGCCACCACACUUGGCUAAUUUUGUAUUUUUAGUAGAGAUGGGGUUUCACCAUGUUGGUCAGUCUGGUCUCAAACUCCUGACCUCAGGUGAUCCACCUGCCUCGGCCUCCCAAAGUGCUGGGAUUAUAGGUGUGAACCACUGCGCCUGGCCUUUUUUUUUUUUCUUUUCUGUUUCUGUUGGGUAAUGGGAGCUUGGAGCUGUCUACUCUGCCCUUUUGCUGAUAUCAGUCCUCAAUUAUAUUUUAAAGAGAUUUAAAUAAUAAGGAAAAACAGGCACAUAUAAAUAUAUGUAGUUACCAUUUUCAAUGCCUUUCAUUCCUUUGUGUAGAUCCAGAUUUCCAUUUGGUAUUUUUCUUCUGCCUGAAGGACAUCCGUUAACAUUUCUUACUGUGUUUGUUGGUGAUUAAUUCUUUCAGCUUUUUAUUUAUUUGUUUGAGACAGAGUCUCGCUCUGUUACCCAGGCUGGAAUGCAGUGGCACAAUUAUGGCUCACUGGAGCCUCGACCUCCCAGGCUCAAGGAAACCCCCCAGGCUCAAGUGAACCUCCCAGCUCAGCCUCCCGAGUAACUGAGACUCCAGGCAUGUGCCACUAUGCUUAGCUAAUUUUUGUGUUUUUUGUUUGUUUGUUUGGUUGUUUUUUUUUUUUUUUUUUUGAGAUGGAGUCUAGCUCUGUUGCCCAGGCUGGAGUGCAGUGGCGCGAUCUCGGCUCACUGCAAGCUCCACCUCCUGGGUUCACGCCAUUCUCCUGCCUCAGGCUCCCGAGCAGCUGGGACUACAGGCGCCUGCCACCACACCUGGCUAAUUUUUUUGUAUUUUUAGUAGAGGCGGGGUUUCACCGUGUUAGCCAGGAUGGUCUCGAUCUCCUGACCUCGUGAUCCACCUACCUCGGCCUCCCAAAGUGCUGGGAUUACAGGCAUGAGCCACCGCUCCCGGCCUAAUUUUUGUUUUUUUUUAGAGACAGGGUCUCACUAUGUUGCCCAGGCUGGUCUCGAACUCUGGGGCUCAAGCGAUCUGCCCAGCUCAGCCUCUCAAAGUGUCUCCCAGCCUUUAUGUGUCUGAAAAUAUGUUUAUUUAACUUUCUUAAAAUAUAUUUUCAUUGGGCAUAAAAUUCUAGGUUUGCAGUUUUUGCCUUCAGCACUUUAAAGAUCAAGUUGCACUGCUGUUGUCUCACUUGCACUAUUUCUGGCAAGAAAUUUGGUAUCAUUCUUAUCUUUGUUCCUGUGUAAAAUAACAUGUACUAUUUUCCCAGCUGCCUUCAGGAUUUGAUCUAUAUCAUUGGUUUUGAGCAAUUUGAUUAUGUGAUUUGUUACAGUUUUCUUUGUAUUUCUUGUACUUGACAUUGAGCUUCAGGUCUGUGGGUUUAUAUUUUUCAUUACAUUUGGAAAAUGUUGGGCCAUUAUUUCUUCUAAUAUUUUUCCAUGUCUCAACUUUGUAAACAUAUGGGAUAUAGUUAAAAUUAAUGUUAAUGUCUUUCU